GGUUUUAGCUUUUCGUUCUGUCAAUUUUUUUUUCUUUUUUUUUUUUCGCCAAAGUUAUGGUUUCCAUUAAUGUUGUUGGUCAAAACCAUGAAAUUGUACUGAAAAAUCUAAUUCAAGCUGUAUUGGACUCGCCAGGCUCUAAGAAGCUGUCAUCUUUGAGGUCAAAUUUCGAGGAAUUACUACAACGUAGCGUCGACCCGCCUUUUGAAGCUAUCUGGGUUUACUCAGCUUUACGUUAUCGAGGCUUCAGCUCGACAGAAAAUGACCUUUUCAAAAGGCUUGCAGCCGUAAAGGCUUUGUUUCAGCUUAUAGUUUCUUGCUCUGUUUCAUGUGAUUUCUUUAAAAGCAUUGCAUUAAUUGCACCUGUUAUGUAUAAUGUGUUUAUGUUGGUAAUGGGUUUAAAAGGUUUUGAGCAGAAAGCUAAGAAAGAGAAGAAGUUUGUGAGAGAGGUAAAUGGAUUGGUUGAUUCAAUUCUUGGGUAUGUUAAUGUAUGCUGUGAGGGUUUAGAGGAUAGAUGUGAUGUUUCAAAAGGCUUCCUUAGGCCAGUGAGGGAGUUAGUGACUGUUUGGAUGUGGGAUAAUACGGUGGAAGAUACUGGGGAUAAGGGAUGCAUGCGAGCUUUUUUUCCACUUCUGACUGAUGAGAUUGUUGAAAGGGUUAAUGCUGAAGGGUGUGAGCUAAGUGCAUUGGCUGGUUGUGUGAUUGCGGAGGCAUUUUUGUUGAAGUUAUGCUUGAGGUUUCUGGAGGAUGGUUCCCGAAAAGAAUUACAGGACGAAUUGAGGGCAUGGAUCAUUGCUUCCAUCACUGGGCUUCAGAAUUCAUACUUCUUUGAGACCCUUUUAAUGAUGCUGCUGGAGCCAUCUUUACCAACAGCCUCCCUACUGAAUUCGGACGAUGAGAGGUGCUUAAGAAAAAUUCUCUAUGAUGCUGUGGUACUGGUGGAAUAUUCUUUCUUAAAGCCUGAGCAAAUGGAUCAGCUCUCUGCCAAGCAUGUGAAAAGUAUUAUCAUGGCAAGACUGUUAGUUACUGGUGAAGCUGUAGAGUUGAAUAGAAAACAGAAGGACCAGACGAAAGCAAUUUCUUACACAAAUGCCUUUUCUGGUUCUAGUUUACCUCCUCUGAUAAUCAAGUGGAUCAGAAGUAAGAUUGGUACAGAAGACAAAGCGAGUGAACGAAGUAGUUCAUCCCCUGCUACAUUCUUGAGGUGGUUUCUUAACAUUGAAAAUGGUGGGAUAAGAAUUUUUGACAAUAAUAUGUCAAAAAUCCGAGCUAAAUUGUUGCUCGAUAGUAUGACGGAGGGCUUUGAACAACCUGCUUUGAAAGAUGGCAAGAAAAAAUCGGAGAAUGAUUUUCUGUUCUACAUAGAUAACAAAGGAGAAGAAGAUGAGGAAGAAGGUGAUGUUAAGAUGAAUGAAUCUGCUAGUGCUGCCUUUGUUUCUGCUGCCCAUACAAUGGAAUCAGCAGAACCUGAAAGAAGAAAGCGCAAAGGAAAAGAUUCAGAACACAAAAGCAGGGUGAAGUUCCUCAAGUAUAGCCUUCGUGAAAAUUUUGGUUCAAACGGCCAGUCCUCAAUUGCAGAUAGUGAUGAUUCAAGUAGCGAGAGUGAGGUGGAGAAUCCAUUGACAGACGAGGAAUGAUAAAGUGGUUAGGAGCUCACUCAGGUUUCAAGAACACUCUCUCUCUGAAAUGGAUCUAUGUGCGUUAAACAAGUAAUGUAACAGCAGAACAUCAAUAGUUCCCAUUUAAGUUAAGCCGAAGAGAAUUACAUAUGCAUGAAGAGACGAUCUAUAUGGUGUCCAUUAAAUGCAUUCAUCAAACUUAUCCUCCAUGAAACCAAGCGUAUCUCAUAACUUGAGAUACCACUGAGAAAAGCUUGCUUCAGUCCAUUAAUUAUAUUAUUCAUUGAAACCUCAAGGUGGACAGUUCUCCAUUGAGAAAAAUGGUCUUAACAUUCAUCUGGUGAAGCUCGAGGUCAAAAUGAGUCACCAGUGUUGUGAUGAUUUUGAAGGCAUUUUUAAUGGCCAACGGUGAAAAGGUCUAUAAUCUAUUCCUUUUUUUCUGGAUAAAAUCUUUUACCAUCAAUUAGGCCUUAAUAUCAAUCAAUAUCUCCAGAUGUUUUAUCUUCAGGUUGGACACAACAAUGUCCCAGACACAAUUACCAUACAUGCACUUAAUCACAUCAAACAAUUAAUUUGAUUUAACACUAUUAA